AUUUUAGGUCAACUGUGGCAUUCGGAUGAAUGAUGUCAGAUAUCAGCAAUAAAAGACAAGAAGUUUUUUUAAAAGGAAAAGAAGGCUCUGAGUGCACUAUAAAUUUACAUGGUGCUACUGUAACAUCUUGGAAGAACAAAGGGGAAGAAAUUUUGUUUUGCAGUGAAAAAGCAUUACUUGAUGGAAGCAAGGCAGUGAGGGGAGGUAUCCCACUUGUUUUCCCUAACUUUGGACCAUGGACUCUAGGGCCACAGCAUGGGUUUGCUAGAAUAAAGAAAUGGAGGGAAGAUGAUGCUGCAAGUCAGUCAGGAGAUGGUGCUUGUAGCAAAGUGUUUGUAUUAGAAGAUGAUGAAGAAACUAGAAAAUUGUGGAAUGAAAGAUUCCGAUUAGAGUACACUGUGAAAAUGGAGGAAAACAAACUUACAACAUCACUGAAGAUUUACAACAAAGGAGAAUCUGCCUUUAGCUUUACCACACUGAUGCACACAUAUUUCAGGGUAGAUGAUAUUGAUAAAUCUGGCGUGAAAGGAUUGAAAGGUGUCAGUUAUGAUGAUAAGGUAGAUGGUGGUCAACAUGUAGAGGACAGGGAAACAGUGAGAAUAGACAAGAACUAUGACAGGAUUUACAAAAAUUGUCCUGGUCCAGUUGAGUUGAUUCCAGAUGUGGAUAAGCCAGGUUUGUCUAGAAAGCUGAUCGCAUCCAAUUUAAAUGACAUAGUGGUUUGGAAUCCAUGGGCAGAGAAGGCCAAAUCGAUGUCCGAUUUUGGUGAUGACGAAUAUCACAAUAUGGUUUGUGUUGAAGCUGGCACAGUUAGUGAACAAGUUUCUCUUGCAGGCAAUUCUGAUGUUGUUUUCUCACAACAGAUUAUUGUUGUUGAUCAACAUUCCAAAAUGUGACACUUAUAUAUAAUAUAUUUUAUCUGCUACUUUUAAUAUAUAGACAGAAAUUAUUUAUUGGCUACUGACUUGAAAUGAUCUUCAUUUUUUCUCUUAUAUACAUAUACAGAGUUUAUGUUAUAUAUACUUUUUUACAUACAAUCUGGAAUAUGUUAUAUACU